UUCCGAGAUAACAAGAGAAGCUCACUGCUCCUUCCUGGCAAGCAGAGACCGAAGAAUCAAGGAGGAAAACUCGCCUCGCCUCUCAUCAUGAGCUGUAAAUUGGUUGUUGCUGCCCUGGCUCUUUUCCUAAUCUACGCAGCGGUGUCAGAAGGAAUGAGUCUGGCAAGGAUGGGGAAUGAGCUCCGAUGCCAGUGCAUCGGCACGCAUUCCAAGUUCAUCCCUCCCAGGAACAUUCGGGACGUGAAGCUGACCCCGAGCGGACCUCACUGCCAGAAUGUUGAAAUCAUCGCUACUCUUAAGGACGGCAGAGAAGUGUGUUUGGAACCCACUGCUCCAUGGGUGAAGAUCAUCAUUAAAGCAAUUUUGGACAAAGCUGAAGAAAAUGGUGAGGUAAAACGCUAAGAGAAGCCAAAGAAGAAAAAUCCCCGAUGUUCUCCAGUUUCCCCUUGAAGGAAACCUCUCUGUGAAAGUGCCAAUCAGUCUGCAAGCAGCCCACCUCCUUCUGUUAACGUGUUUUCAGGCAGAUUCCAGCUAGCAGUCUAUUUAUUUAUGUAUUUAUUUAUUGAGGAGCAUCAUGUUGAGACUUUUUUUU